UGAUGAUAAAUCUGCUCAAUAGGGGGUUGACCUAGAUAAACAAAAAUAAUAACAACAACAGAGACGAAUAAUAAUUAAUCAAAGAAAUUCUACUAUUUCACAAAAUGAUAAAAAACAAUGAAUUAUUGCAAUAAACUAACAAUCACCGUUAGAUUUAUUGAAUUAUAGAGAAAUAACACAGGAAUGAUAGUUCGUUUCGUCGGCUUUGUCUAUCAAAAUUUUUUCCGGAAAUCUCACCGAGAACUUCCUGUCAAUCUCAAGAAAUUGUUUGGGAUCAGAAGAAGCCAGGCUUUUUGGCGAUCUCGACUGAUUUUACCAUGAAAUGUCAUUACGAAGUACUUGGAGUUCCUUUCGAUGUUGGAGACGAGGAAUUAAAAAAAUCUUACAAAAAGCUUGCUCUGAAAUGGCAUCCAGAUAAGAAUCCUGAAAACAUAACUGAGAGUACAAUUCAGUUCCGGUGCAUUAAGCAAGCAUAUGAAGUCCUCAGUGAUCCACAAGAAAGAGCUUGGUAUGACAAGCAUAGAGAUGCUAUACUUCAUGGAGGACUCGGCAAAGGGGAUUUUGAAGACAACAGCUUGAAUAUUUUCCAGUUUUUCAACUCUUCCUGUUAUUCUGGAUAUGGUGAUGAUGAAAAUGGAUUUUACAGUGUAUAUAGAAAUGUCUUUGACAUCCUUGCUGAGGAAGAUUAUAACUACAUGGAGAAUAAGGACCCCGACAUGAAAAUCCCUUCAUUUGGCCGGAGUGAUAGCAAUUUUGAUGAGGUUGUUAAUGUGUUCUAUGGUUAUUGGUCAAGUUACUGCACAGCUAAAUCCUAUGUCUGGGUUGAGAAAUUUGACACACGAGAGGCACCCGAGCGGCGAACUCGACGCUUGAUGGAAGCUGAAAACAAAAAACUUCGUGAUGCUGCAAAGAAAGAAAGAAACGAAGAAAUUCGACAACUGGUAGCUUUUGUUAAAAAGCGAGACAAGCGAGUAAAAGCUCAUAAGGAAGAAUUGGAAAGAAGGGCUCUUGAAUUGGCUCAGAAAAGUGAAGAAAUGCGUAAGAAACAAGUACGAGAAAGAUUGAAAUUGCUCGAAAAUUAUCAAGAGCCAGAGUGGAGUGCCACGUCGAAGGUAGAGAAAGAAAUUAAAGAAUUAGAAUCACUUCACCAGAAAGAGUUUGGUGAUAAAUUUUCCGAAGAUCUCUCCUCUGAAGAAGAUCCAGAUUACGCUGGUGACUUAUUUUGUGUAGCAUGCAAUAAAGCUUUUAAAAGUGAUAAGGCAUUUGCCAAUCAUGAGAGGUCCAAAAAACACAAAGAGAACGUCAUUUUACUGAAGCAAGAGAUGGAGGAAGAUGAGGCUGCAAUGGUGAAUAGUAUGACAGAGAAGAAGAAUGAUAGCUCAGAAGCCUUAUCUGACAUUCCAGUGGAUGAUGAGGAUCUUGACUUAAACAGUGAUGAUAUUGUGGAAGAAACCUCUGAAAGAAAACAGAAAAUGUCAAAAAAACAAAAGAAAAAGAAAAAACAACAGAGACUUCUUGCUCAGAAAAAUGAUGAUGACAGUGAUAGUGGUGAUAAGAAGAAAGAACAGAAAAAGGUUGAAGAAGCUUCCAAAUUGGCACAAGAUUUUGAAGGAAAAGUUAGAGUUAAUGAAAAAGAUGUAAUUAUCAACAAUCAUCCAGAGGAACAGAAAAAAGUGAUUAAAACUUUUGAAAAUCUUGUGGAGGAGAGCGUAUCUAAAAAAUCUGAUGGGCAAACAUUACAGAAUAAAGAAAACAUAACAGAGGAAAGUACAACAAAUGUAACAGAGGAAAGCACAACAAAUGCAACGGAGGAGAAAACAAUGCAAAAUGAUACGGCAUUGCAUUUUUGUAAUGUAUGUGGUAAAGAUUAUCCUUCACGGAACAAACUAUUCGAUCAUCUGAAGGAAACAGGACAUCAAAGCAGGCUCACUAAGAAUGCAGCCACCACAGUACAAGGAAAAUCAUCAAAGAAAACCAAAAAGAAAGAGAAAAGAUGAUAAUGAAACACAAAUAUUUAAUGAUUUAAGCAAAUUCUUUAUUAUUUUUCAAUAAAUUAAUGAAGUAUAUUA